CUUCACUUCUGUGCUUGAAUCAAUUACAGGAGAAUGUCCCAGGAACCUACAAUGUACUGCCUUUUCCUGUUCCUUUUUCUGAGCCAUGGAGUGGCAAGUCAUAGAGCUCCCAAUACCAGACAGGAUUUGCAUCCAUUGUUACAAAAAAUGGCGGAAGAAAUAAUACAGGGAAGCUAUCUGAAUGCCUUGCUGGAUCUCAUACAGUUUCAAAGCGCCCACGUCUGGACGGCAGACCUGUCCCACAGAGUGCUGGCCUAUCUGCAUUCACGGAAUGUUGCCUUCACCAUCCCCAGCCUGCAGGCAGCCAUGGAAAACCACCUGGAGCGGCGCUUGUAUGAACCCCAGAAGCUGCUGGAGGACCUGAGGAAUACUGACGUCCAGCAGUUCCGCACAGCCAUGAAAUGCAUCUUGGAGGACAAGAAGCACCACUUGGACCUGAAGGACGUUGUUAUCGACUUGGGGGAGAUUCGGGAGCAAGCCUUGCAGAGCCCCGGCGUGAACCGCAGCCUGCUUCUCAUCACGCUGGAGAGGUGCUUCCAGGUGCUGAACCCCCUGGAGUGCGUGCAGAUCCUGGCAAAGGUGCUCAGGGGGUCCCCGGGGAGCUUGCUGCAGCCGGACAUCGCAGAGCGGCUGCCGCGAGGCCUGCGCGAGGACGCCUUUAAGAACCUCUCUGCAGUGUUCAAAGAUCUCUAUGACCAAAUCUCGGCUCAUUCCCAGAGAGCCCUCUACUCCUGGAUGAGUGGGGUUUUACAGACAUACUCCAACUGCACAGAUGACUCUGUUUCAUGGGUCAGUGCAGAAAACUUAUGGAUUUUGGGCAGAUACAUGGUUCACCUGUCAUUUGAAGAAAUCACGAGAAUUAGUCCUAUAGAAAUCGGGCUGUUUAUCAGCUAUGACAACGCCACGAAGCAGCUGGACACAGUCUAUGACAUCACGCCCCAGCUGGCCCAAGCGUUUUUGGGAAGGAUCGGCUCGUCCAGCUUUGACAUGAGGAAUACCUCUACCAUCCACAGGCAAGGGCAUUUACUGUUGUCACUAUCACCCCUGGUUUUCUCACACAGGCUGGGGCUGCUGGUUUGUUUCUAUGAUGACCUGGAGUCGCUGGACGCUGCCAUGGCCCAAGUCCUCCUUUACCAGAUGAUCAAGUGCAGCCGCCUGAGGGGCUUCCAGGCUGGUGUUCAGCAGCUCAAAGCCGACCUUCUGGACAUUGCCACGGACAACCAGACCCUCAACGAGACCCUGGGCUCUUUGUCGGAUGCGGUGGUGGGCCUGACCCACAGGCAGCUGGAAUCCCUGUCCCCUGAGGCCGUGCAUGGCGCCAUCUCUACCCUCAGUCAGGUCUCAGGCUGGGCCAAGAGCCAGGCGAUCAUCUUGUCCGCCAAAUACCUGGCCCAGGAGAAGGUGCUGUCCUUCUCCACUGUCCACCAGAUGGGCACGCUGCUGGCGGGGGUCGGUGCCCAGGCCCUCCACGGCAUGGACCCCGGGGACCUCUGGCAGCUGCUGAGAAGUGCCGUCUCCCACCACCUGUCCGGCCUGUCACCUGCCCAGCAGCAGAGUGUCCUCAGGAAGGCGCUGGGAGCAGGAGAGCCUGCCCCGGGCAUCAUGGAGCUACAGGGGGCUUUCUUCAUGGAAGUGUCGCUCUUCCAUCUCCAGAGGGAGCCUGGACUCAGCACUACAAUGCUAAGGGAAAAGCAGCUUCGGAGGAGCCAGGCCUUGUUCCUGUAUGAGCAGCUGUCAGAGACAACCAGGAGCCCGGAGGAACUCCUAAGUGCUGGGCAGCUGGUCAAAGGCGUGACUUGCUCACACAUUGAUGCCAUGAGCGCCGACUCCUUUCUGGCCCAUUUCCAGUAUUUCGAGAACAACCUGUCCCUGCUCUCACCGCAUCAGGUUAACUGUCUGGCGUGGAAAUACUGGGAAGUCUCCAGGUCGUCUGUGCCACCUUUCCUCUUGGUUGCACUGCCGGCUCGCUACGUGGCUUCCAUCCCAGCCUCCCAGUGUGUGCCGUUCCUGAUCAGCCUGGGGAAGAGGCGGCUGGAUUCCUUGGUUUUAGAUUCCCACAAAAGGAACUUGGUCAUCAGAAAAGUGCAGCAGUGCCUGGGUGACUCCCUUGCCGAUGAAUACGCCGUGGACAUCGUGGGGAACUCGCUGUGCCACCUGCCAGCAACCGUGAUCAACACGGGAAUCUCCCCCAAGGCCUGGGCCACUGCCCUGCACCGCCUCCGCGGCUGCCCAGAUCUUGGCCCUGAGCAGAAGGCUGCGGUGAGGCUCCGGCUCCUGGAGGAGCUCGGACCCCCUGGGAACUGGACCGCCGAGAUGACGGAGGACUUGGGAGUCUUUCUCACGCUUUUCUCAGGAGAGGAAUUAAGCCCUGUUGCCACCAAGUUUCCCGAUAUCCUUCAACAAACAGCUUCCCACCUGGCCGGGACCCUGCCCCCUGAAGGAUUCCUUGGUGCUGUUUUUGCAUCUGUCCGGAACAGCAGUGACCGCAGCCUCGGCUCUGCCCCUGUCCCUGGUUGCCAUGGAGUCGUGGCUCCCUCUCCCAAUGACAUCUUCAGGCUGGCCGAGGCCAACGCCUGCUGGGCCCCCGAGGACUUGCUCUGCAUGGACGGAGACACUUUCAUCAGGAGCGUGGAGCUGCUGGGGGCUGUCCAGGGUUUCAGCCACGCGCAGCUGAUGGCCCUGAAGGAGAAGGCUGUGCAGCUUUGGGACACGCCGUCUCACUGGAGGGCACACCAAGUCGUCUCCCUGGGGCGCAUUGCCCUGGCUCUGAACGAGAGCGAGCUGCAGCAGCUGGACCUCAGCUCCAUAGACACCGUGGCUUCCCUGAGCCAGCAGGCAGGAUGGGCCCCAGGACAGAUGAAAUCCAUUCUGCAAGGGUUCCUUGAGGAUUCAGGCUAUGGUAUCCAGGAUCUGAAGAGCUUUCAUUUAGUAGGACUUGGUGCAACCCUGUGUGCUAUGAACAUCACUGAAAUCCCACUGAUAAAGAUCUCAGAAUUCAGGGUGGUGGUGGCCAGAAUUGGGACCCUUUUCUGCAGCCCUCAUGUCUUGGCCGAAUUUAAGAAGAGAGCAGAAGCCGUGUUUGGCCGCCCCACUGAGUGGACGAGCUCUGUGUUGCAGGAGCUUGGGACCAUUGCAGCUGGAUUAACUAAGGCAGAGCUGCGAUUGCUCGACAAGGAUUUGAUGCCGUAUUUCCAGCCAUCAGCAAUAAAAUGCCUUCCUGAUGAGAUAUUCAAAGAGCUGUCCGCCGAGCAGAUCGCCUCCCUGGGUCCGGAGAACGCCGCGGCCGUGACCCACGCCCAGCGCCGGCGGCUCGGCGCCGCGCAGCUGCAGAGCCUCCAGUGGGCACUAGAUGGCGCCAGGACCCGCUCCUGGCUGGACGCGCCCGCCAGCGCCAGGCCCAGCCGGACCCCGUCCGGUGCGCCCGCAGGUGAGCGGAGCCACCCCAGGCGCCUGCCCCGCCGUCCUCUCUGCAGGGCCGGGAGCGCGACGACGGGGCGGGUCUCUGGCGGCCGCUGGGGUCUCUGCCCCCCGGCGACAAACCCUAAGUCCUUGUCCCCCGCACCCCGCUCCGAGCUCCGAGCUCCGAGCUCGUGGUCCGGUAUUCCUGAAUUUCGGGCAGGAGACAGGUGAGAUCGCCUUCAAGAGAGGCCGCCCCGGGGCCGUGUCUUCCCCCUUUUAAUUCCGUUUUCCGCCAGCCUCAGGAAGUGUGCCCGGGCGACCGCAAGGCAGCGUGGUGGGGAAGGUACGCGGUGGGCUGGAGGCAGAGAGGUCACAGAGACCUCCU